AAUCAAGGGUCAGAUGCUCAAUCACGUGAGGCACCCAGGUGCCUCUCUACCAAAACUACUCUUAUAAAGGCCUCCAGUUUUGUGUAUUUACUCCAUUGAAAUUAUUGUGACAAAUUAUCCUAAGACUUAAAGGUGUAAAGCAACCGUUUACUAUGCUCAACAAUUCUUUGCAUCAAGAAUUUAGACAGAAUGCAGCAAGACAGCUUUUUUCUCUUCCACAAUGUCUAGGCCCUUGUCUAGAAGACUCAAUAGUCUAAGGGCGGAAUCACGAAGAAUGUUCAUGUGCAUGUCUAAUGGUUGAUGCUAGCUUUUAGCUGCGAUCCUCAGUUCUGUUCUAUAUGGGCUUUACCAUUGGUCUCUUCAUUUGUGCCAGUUUGGACUUUCUCACAGAAUGUUAGCUGCUUUGUAAGGGAGAGUACUCUGAGACUGUUCUGAGGUAAUAGUGCUAUUGCCUUUUAUGACUUAGUCUUAGAAGUCACUUCCAUAGUGACUUCUAUUCAUAAAGACGGUCAGAAAGUCAUAGGUUCAUGGGGAGGAUAAAUAGGCUCUAACUCUGAAUAGGGAGUGAUAACCUGAAAUAUUGCUGUGACUGUUUUUGGAAAAUACAGUCCUCAACUCAUAUUGCUAAGUAAAUUUUUUCUUACAAGGCUAAUUAUUACAAGGCACAUGUCAGUGAAUCAGCAAGAUCUGGAUCCAGACAGUACUACAGAUAUGGAAGAUGUUACAAAUGCUGAAGAAGAACUUAUUAAAGAAUGUGAAGAAAUGUGGAAUGAUAUGGAAGAAUGUCAGAAAAAAUUAUCACUUGUUGGAACUGAGACACUCACUGAUUCAAAUGCUCAGCCAUCAUUAUUAAUUAUGCAAGCGAAAUGUUUGACUGCUGAACUCAGUCAAUGGCAGAAAGAAAGCCCUGAAAUAAUUCCACUGAAUGAAGAAGUUCUAGUGACAUUAGGAAAAGAAGAGUUCCAAAAAUUGAGACAUGAUCUUGAAUUGGUACUCUCUACUAUUCAAUCAAAGAAUGAAAAGUUAAAGGAAGACUUGGAAAGGGAGCAACAGUGGUUCGAUGAACAACAACAGAUACUGGAAUCUCUUAAUGUACUACACAAUGAAUUGAAACAUCAGGUUUUGACAUUUUCUGAAUCCAGAAUCUUUGGUGAGCUGAAAACUAAAAUGCAUGAUAUAAAAGAAUAUAAGGAGAAGCUCUUGGUUACCUUGGGUGAGUUUCUGGAAGAUCAUUUUCCUCUGCCUGAUAGAAAUGUUAAAAAGAAAAAGAAAAAGAAAAACAUUCAAGAAUCAACUGUACAGCUGAUAACACUGCAUGAAAUGUUAGAGAUUCUUUUAAAUAGGUUAUUUGAUGUUCCACAUGAUCCAUAUGUCAAAAUUAGUGAUUCUUUUUGGCCACCUUAUGUUGAGCUGCUCCUUCGUAAUGGAAUUGCCUUGAGACAUCCAGAAGAUCCAACCCGAAUAAGAUUAGAAGCCUUCCAUCAGUAAAAGAUGGUCUCUUUUUUACAGUACUUAACGAAUCUUGUCAUUUAAGGAUAAUAGAAACACUGAGGAUUUACUUGGAUUAAGAACAUUAUUUGCAAAUCAAAGUACGUAGUCCCUCUUUCUUUUAUCCAUAAAAUGGUAUGUGCCAUCUACUAUUCAUUUAUAAAUGGUUCUUUCAAUUCAGUCAGUGUUUUGGUGUUUUCAACUGUAUGGAAAAGAAUGCAAGUAAAAACUAUUCUAGACUUAAUCAUUCUAAAAAUUUUGAUAUACCUUCUGCAGUAUUCUUUGGGAAAUUAUUUGUUAAUUUAUAAUAUUGCUUGUGUAAUUUUUUCCUUUUGAAAUUUAUGACAAGUUAUUUUAUGCAUUUUGCGUUCCAUUUGGUGUUUAUAUCUUUAAAUUUAGGAAUUAUAAUGGAAAGCCCAUGUAAUUUGCAGGUAGUUUUUAAAUUGAGAAUAUCUGAUGUAGAUGGAGUACAUAAUUUAAAAGUAUGUAGUCAUUCUGUUCCAUAAAUCCUGCCUUAUUUCUGGAUUUGUUAAAAAUUGGAACAGAAAAAACUAAUGGGUUAGGUAAAGUGAAAACUAUAUUUUAGUAUGUAUUAUAUAACAAGCAAUACUAUAUAUUAAAUCAUUCUUAAUUCUGUUAUUGUUUAACAAAAAUUGUGUUCAUAAAAUGUUGUUGCUGUUAAUUCUCCAUGACCUUUCUAUAAAUAAAAUUCUCUUAUCUAAAAA